AUGUGGACAGAUGAGUUAGCAAUUUCCCUAAGGUCUGCCAGCAACAACCAUAUCGAUACGGAGGUGGAAGUCUUGGGGGUUCAGGGGAGAUGGCGUUUCACAGGUUUCUAUGGCUGUCCUGUUACAGCGGAACGUCACCGCUCAUGGGACCUUUUGAUCAGGCUAGGAGCAACCAAUUCAUUGCCCUGGUUAUGUUGUGGAGAUUUCAACGAAAUUCUGACAGCGGAUGAGAAGACAGGGGGGAGGACUAGAGGGGCACGACAGAUGCAAGGGUUCCGACAUGCAGUGGAUGAGUGUGGCUUCAAGGAUUUGGGUUUUUCUGGACCAAAGUUUACUUGGUGGAGGAAUAGUCCAGAGGAAAUUCGAAUCCGACUUGACCGUGCUCUAGCUACUACAGAUUGGUGUACUCGUUUUCCUGGAACAAAAGUCUUGCACUUAAAUCCCACGAAGUCUGAUCACUUGCCUAUAAGAAUUACAAUAAGCAAGAGGAUGUUAUCAAAUACCAGGCAUCGGAACCUAUUUCGCUUUGAGGAGAUGUGGGUACAACAUGAGAAUUGUAUGGAGACAAUAAGGGAGGAAUGGCUCCAGCCUGAAAGUGGCUCUGCACCUAGAGCAGUUACUGAAAAAUUAAAAAGAACCCGGCUUCGACUGUUAGGUUGGAGUAGAGGUAUUUUUGGCUCCCUUCCACAUCAAAUUAAGUCUAUCCAGACUAAACUAGGGGAGCUACUGGAAGCCCCCUUAACCCCUCAGACAGUUGAGACCAGGAAGGAACUUACUGCAAAACUAGACUCGCUUAUGGCCAAAAAUGAGAUUUAUUGGCGACAACGGUCUCGGGCACUUUGGCUAAAAGCGGGUGACCGUAACACAAAAUAUUUCCACUAUAAAGCUUCAAGUCGCAAGAGAAGGAAUACUAUUUCUGGACUGGAAGAUGAGAAUGGCAUAUGGCAGACGUCAGAACCCGAGCUGGAAAAUACAGUGGUCCAUUAUUUCCAGCAACUUUUUUCUUCCAAUGGGAAUACAGAUUAUGAGGAGGUGGCUGAUGUAAUGAGGGGCCGUGUGUCGGAAGAGAUGAACAGGAAGCUUUUAGCUGAUUUCACAGCUGAAGAAAUUAAACAUGCACUCUUCCAGAUGCACCCUUCAAAAGCCCCAGGUCCAGAUGGCUUUUCUCCUUUAUUCUACCAACAGUACUGGGAUGUGGUUGGUGUCGACGUGGUGUCAGCUAUUCUUCACUUCCUCCAUACAGGUCAGUUGCUGAAACGGAUAAAUUAUACUCAUGUGGCUCUCAUCCCCAAGGUCCCUGACCCCAAAAAUAUGACACAAUUGCGCCCAAUCAGUCUGCGUAACGUUCUCUACAAAAUUGGGGCUAAGGUCUUGGCUAAUCGCUUAAAGGUCAUCCUUCCUGCUUUAAUCAGUGACUCGCAAAGUGCAUUUGUCCCUGGGAGAAUGAUUUCAGACAAUUCCAUUGUGGCCUUUGAACUUCUCCAUUUCAUGCAUAAAAGAACACACGGCAGGCAGGGAUACAUGGCUCUUAAACUAGACAUGAGUAAGGCUUACGAUCGAGUUGAAUGGAAUUUCCUGGAGUCCUUGAUGCUAGUGAUGGGUUUUGAUCGGCGAUGGGUCCAAUUAAUUAUGGCAUGUCUGACAUCAGUCUCCUACUCUUUCCUGUUGAACGGAAACCCGGUUGGUUAUGUCAUCCCACAGCGUGGCUUGAGACAGGGUGACCCUCUUUCCCCCUAUUUAUUUCUCUUAUGUGCUGAGGCUUUCUCGGGGCUAAUCGUGCAGGCUGAACAAAACGGUACCCUCCAUGGUGUCAGCCUAUGUCGGGGAGCUCCCACUGUUAGCCAUCUUUUUUUUGCAGAUGAUAGCUUCUUGUUUUUAAAAGCAAGUCAAAGUGGUUGUGCACAGUUGAAACAAAUCCUCCAAUGCUAUGAGCAGGUGUCAGGUCAAAAAAUAAACCUUGAUAAAAGUUGUGUGUCCUUUAGUCGAAAUGUGGCGGAUGAAGACCAAGAGCUUUUUGCCACAACGUUGAGAGUUAGGCGAGUUGCCCAGCAUGACAGAUACUUGGGUCUGCCUACUCACAUUGGUCGUUCUCGGGGACAAUGUUUCAACUAUCUUAAAGAUUGCAUCUGGAAGAAAAUACAGGGCUGGAAGGCAAAGUUAUUAAGCUUUGCUGGUAAAGAAGUUCUUCUAAAAGUGGUUGCACAGGCACUGCCCAUAUACAUGAUGAGUUGCUUUCUUAUUCCAAAAUUUUUGUGUGAGGAAAUCCAGCAAAUGAUGGCUUCCUACUGGUGGGGAGCGCAAGAAGGGAGGCGAAAAAUCCAUUGGUUAAGCUGGAAGAACUUGUGUAGACCAAAACAUGAGGGUGGUCUUGGUUUUCGGAAUCUUUAUGCUUUUAAUUUGGCUUUGGUAGCCAAGCAAGUAUGGCGUUUGGCUCAUAACCCACACUCUCUGGUGGCUCGUCUCCUCAAAGCUCGUUACUAUAGGGACUGCUCCAUCUUGGAGGCCACUCUGGGAAACUCCCCCUCUUACGUUUGGAGAAGCUUGUGCCAGGCUAAAGUGGUCCUUGAGAGAGGAUCCCGCUGGCGAAUUGGUGACGGCCAGACUGUUCGUAUUUGGGAAGACAGAUGGUUGCCAACUCCUGUUUCUUUCAAGGUCUUGUCUACUCCUGUGACGGAGCAUGGUAAUACUUGUGUCAGUUUCCUUAUUGAUCCAGUUACUUUGCAAUGGAAGACAGAUAUUCUAGGAGCUUGGUUUUCUGCGGAAGAAGCAGCAAUCAUACAUAAAAUUCCCUUGAGUUUCCGCCAGCCACCGGAUACGUUGAUCUGGCACUUUGAGAGACAUGGCCAUUACUCAGUUAAGAGCGGAUAUGAGGUAGCAAGGCAAUAUCUUCUCCAAUUAGGGGGGGAUGUCGUUCAAACCAAUGGUACGGCCAAUGGGAUUACUGCACCAGUCUGGAGAAAAAUAUGGGAGGUUCGUGUCCCGCCGAAGGUCCGCCUCUUUUUGUGGAGAGCCAUGCUAAAUAUUCUGCCCACCAAAGUCAACUUGAAGAGGCGGGGCGUCGCUGAGCUGGGUGGGUGUGUGUUUUGUGGAGAGGAGGAAACCGGCUUUCAUGUAUUUGUGCAAUGCCCAAUGGCUGAAGCGGUUUGGCAUCACUGUUCAUGUUGGGGCUCUCUUCAAAGGGUUGUGGCUGUUGACCUCACAGCGUGGUUCCAAGAUGUUGCCCUCACCCUUUCAGCCCCUGAGUUAGAGCAAGUCAUGAUUUGUAUGUGGGCUCUGUGGAAUGAACGUAACCAAGUGGUUUGGAAUGACCGUUGGCGGAGUGUGUCAGAAAUUGUUAGUGGAGCCAUCCGGCUGUUGCAUGAUUGUUAUGAGCUUCAACCUCCUUUGAUCCCUCCAUCUAGAGUCAAGGCGAAGUGGCAGCGUCCGCCCUUGGGGUCUAUCAAAAUCAACCUGGGGGAGGCUUGUCGGGGUGCAACAGGGACUGGGGGGAUUGGAGUUGUGGUUCGUGACCAUGUUGGUACUUUUCUUGCAUGUAAACUAGUGGUUGUUCAGGGGGUUUCCAACCUUUUGCAUGCAAAAUUGCUAGCCUUGAAGGAGGGGCUCUUGUUUGCCCAAAGAUGGCCUUAUGUGCAGCGGCUCAUUGAAGGUGUUGGUCAAGGAGUUGGUAUUGUUCUAAGCCAAGUAUCACAGGAUUUGUCCCACUUUGGUUGCUUAGUUGACGACUGUAAACUGUUACUAGUGCAGCAGGGUAGUAUAUUAGUACAACAUGUGAUGAAGGAGGCUAAUGAGGCGGCUGCAAGACUUGCUAGGAUCGCUUUACACUCCCACGGAGCGACUGAGUGGUUUGGGGACCCCCCCAGUAGUUUUGCUUGA